ACUAUGAGAAGACAAAGGAAUGAAGUGGUGGUGGAGUUGAGAAAGAACAAAAGAGAUGAACAUCUUCUAAAGAGGAGAAAUGUGCCCCAUGAGGAUAUCUGUGAAGAUUCUGAUAUAGAUGGUGACUUCAGAGUGCAAAACACUUCUUUGGAAGCAAUAGUACAGAAUGCUUCAAGUGACAACCAGGGUAUUCAGUUAAGCGCGGUGCAAGCUGCAAGAAAGCUGCUUUCCAGUGAUCGCAAUCCACCAAUUGAUGACCUAAUAAAAUCAGGAAUAUUACCUAUUUUAGUGCACUGUCUUGAAAGAGAUGACAAUCCUUCUUUACAGUUUGAAGCUGCAUGGGCUUUGACAAACAUUGCAUCUGGAACCUCUGAACAAACACAGGCCGUAGUUCAAUCUAAUGCUGUACCACUUUUUCUGAGACUGCUGCAUUCACCUCACCAAAAUGUUUGUGAACAAGCUGUGUGGGCUUUAGGCAAUAUCAUAGGUGAUGGACCCCAGUGUAGAGAUUACGUUAUUAGCCUUGGUGUAGUGAAACCACUGCUGUCCUUCAUCAGCCCAUCUAUUCCCAUAACUUUCUUAAGAAACGUUACUUGGGUCAUGGUCAACUUGUGCCGUCACAAAGAUCCUCCUCCGCCGAUGGAAACCAUUCAGGAGAUCCUUCCAGCCCUCUGUGUUUUAAUUCACCACACAGAUGUAAAUAUAUUGGUAGAUACAGUCUGGGCGCUCUCAUAUCUAACGGAUGCUGGCAAUGAACAGAUCCAGAUGGUGAUAGACUCCGGAAUAGUCCCUCAUUUGGUUCCUCUUCUCAGUCAUCAAGAAGUGAAAGUGCAAACUGCUGCGCUGAGAGCGGUAGGAAACAUUGUCACUGGUACCGAUGAACAGACGCAGGUAGUUCUGAAUUGUGAAGCUCUGUCACACUUUCCAGCACUUCUGACACAUCCCAAAGAAAAAAUUAAUAAGGAAGCAGUGUGGUUUCUAUCGAACAUCACUGCAGGAAAUCAGCAGCAAGUUCAGGCAGUAAUAGAUGCGAACCUUGUUCCAAUGAUAAUACAUCUUCUAGAUAAGGGCGACUUUGGUACUCAGAAAGAAGCUGCUUGGGCAAUAAGCAAUUUAACAAUCAGCGGAAGAAAAGACCAAGUGGCAUACUUAAUUCAACAAAAUGUAAUUCCUCCCUUUUGCAAUUUGCUAACAGUAAAAGAUGCACAAGUUGUGCAAGUGGUUCUGGAUGGGCUAAGUAAUAUAUUAAAAAUGGCUGAAGAUGAAGCAGAAACCAUAGCCAAUCUUAUUGAAGAGUGCGGAGGCCUGGAGAAAAUUGAACAGCUACAAAAUCAUGAAAAUGAAGACAUCUACAAACUGGCUUAUGAGAUCAUUGAUCAGUUCUUCUCUUCAGAUGAUAUUGAUGAAGAUCCUAGCCUUGUACCAGAAGCAAUACAAGGCGGAACAUUUGGUUUCAAUUCAUCUGCCAAUGUACCAGCAGAAGGGUUCCAGUUUUAGAGUGGUAUUUUGGAAGUUAGGUACAAUGCAGCACUGAAUAAAAAAAAAAAAAGGUUUGAUCCAUCAAUCUUGGCUCAUGGGAUCCGCUGCUGCAUUAAAUCGGGAAAGAAAAUGUGAAGAUUUCAUUUGGAAUCACAGAAAAGCCCAAAUGAAGUCAAGAUGGCGAGUGGGUGCGAGUGAGAAUGAGUGGCAAAAUGUAAUGAAAAACUUCACACUGAAUGCUUAUUUAGAUUGUUCAAAGAAAAAGGGCUACAGGUCAAAGAUCUUCAGUGCCUGAGAAGGAACAAUGACUUACUAGAGCAAUUGGGGGGAAAUGCAGUACUACCAUCAUCAAGCCUUGUAAGCAUAAGAGAAUAGGAUGCCCAUAUAAGUCCAAGGAGAAUGAGCCCAGGCCUUGCUAUGAAGCACCGUGUGAAUGGACAACAUUGAAUGAAUGUCUGGACUCGAUGCUGUGGAGCCAGACUUAUGUUUCAAAUACGGGGCUCUUCAGUCAUGAAGCAGACUCCUAGUCCUGGAGUGGCGUGUGUACGAGAGUAUGGUUGUGAUGCUGUAUGUGAACGCAUGCAAGCUUGAUUCGCCUUCAGGGGGCUGAUAAUAAAACCUAGUAAAUCAUCAAAAUGAGUUCAUAAGUGUUAACUUACACUGGACACAAAACCAAGACCGGUUUAGCAGCAGACUCUGGUUUACUCCUGCAGCCUGUGUUUCUUUUUUCUUUUGUUUUUCCCCUCUUAUUUUUCUUUCAGUUAUUUUUAAGUUCUUUCCUGUAUGGCUUAUUAGUUGUUUGUAAAGUCAGAAUUUCAGGAAGGCUUCCCUGUGCAUUUGCACCAGAUGAAUGUUUGAUGUUAUGAAAAGCUUUCCAUAUCAUCAAAACUAAUUUGUAGAUUUUUGCAUGAGAAAGAUCAUACAUUUCCCUUCAACUAGACUGUGUUGCAGUACACAAGUUACCAUAAUAGUAGAAAGCAGUAAAAACGUGGUAAUAAAAUCUCAUCCUUUUCAUUUUCAAAGAUAACAUGAAGACCUUUGCAUGUGGUAAUCUACAGCAUAGUUCAUUUUUAGAUUUUGUUGAGUCCUGUAACCAAAUGUUUCCGUUGUGGUAGAAUACCGUGCUGUGUUUCAAUGUUACUUGUUUUCAAACUUUGUUUUCUAUGAAAAUGAUAUGGAAACUUCUAAAAAUGGAAUUUGGUGCAUAUGUACUGCCGAAUAAAGACCGAAAAAGAGGUGUGAA